AUGGAAAACCUCGGCCGUGGUGUCGUUGCUCUCCGUGCAAGUGGAGGCGUCUUUGUAUCUUGGCGACUGCUUGGUCUUGACCCAAGCGGUAUUGGUUUCAAUCUCUAUCGAAAGACUGGCUCAAGUGCGGCUGUCAAGGUCAAUUCUGCCGUGUUGACUGGUGGUACGAAUUACCUCGACACUGCUGCUAAUAUAGGACAGCAGAAUGAGUACUACGGUAUGAAUCCAUGUUUUCAAUGAGUCGCCAACACUAUCAUGCUAACGGAGCGCAGUCCGCCCUGUUGUCAAUGGAGCCGAGCAACCCGCGAGUGGAAGCUUCCGGUUGAAGGCCAACAGCGCUGAAGAGCCCGUCUUCCGUGUGCCUCUUCGAGCCGGCAACCCAAUCAAGUUUGUCUGGGUCGGCGACCUCAACGGCGAUGGCGAAUACGACUACGUUGUCGAUCGUCAGGGCAACCCGCAGACUAUCGAGGCAUACUUGAACGAUGGAACAUUCUUGUGGUCUGUGAACCUCGGGCCAAACAGCGCCAAUCAAAACAACAUUGAGCCCGGCUCAUCGACGAUCGACGUCGGAAACUGGGAUGGUGUCACCGUCUACGACUUCGACAAUGACGGUAUCGCCGAGGUGGCCAUCAAGAUUGCCAAUGGCGUGGUCUUUGGUGACGGUACUACUUGGUCCAAUUCGGACAACAACAAGCAGUGGAUCGCCUUCUUGAACGGACAGACGGGCGCGAUGCGAGCUUAUGUUGCCCUGCCACGCGACUACAUCGCCGACGGGCCGCUGGCAGCGCGGUUUGGCGUUGGUGUGCUUGACGGAACGACGCCGCAUCUUGUAGCCUUUAUGAAGAACAGACAGGACGGAGGCGCAUUCAAUCUUAUCGAAUGCGCUUACACCUUCAAAGGCUCCAACGCCGUGCAGAAGUGGUGCUGGAAGCGUGACUCUCAAAACGCACCAGAUGGACACAACACAAGAAUCAUCGACGUGGAUGCCAACGGCUCGGAUGAAGUUGUCGAGAUCGGCUACUGUCUGAACGGCGACGGGUCUCUUCGCUACUCGCUUGGCCCCUCUGGCAUCGUUCACGGCGAUCGCUUCCAUGUUGCCAAGAUAGAUCCGUCACGAGCAGGCCUCCAGGGCUACGGCGUGCAGCAGGACCAUCCUGACUUUCUUUACGAGUAUUACUAUGACGCCCGUGACGGAACAAUUCUGUGGAAGCACUUUGGCUCGGGUGCCUCUGAUGUCGGCCGUGGCAUGGCUGGUGACAUUGAUCCGCGAAGCGCUGGCAUGGAGACGGUGCGUUCAUUCUCUUACUCAUGUUAUCAAAUGCUUCACUCCUAACAGAGCACAGUGGUCUUUCAGCGGCGUGUACAACGCCCCCUCGAACAAGCUCGCGGAACCGGACACAUCCAAGGCGCCCUGGCCCUCCCUGGGUCUCUGGUGGGACGGCGACACCCUUCUCGAGUUCUACAACGACGGCAAGAUCGAGAAGUGGGACUGGCUCAAGCCGAGCGCUUCCAACAGCCUGCCUCGCAUCGAGAGCAUCUGGAACUACGGUGCCACCAGCUCCAACGGCGUUUACCCCCAGAUGAUUGGCGACAUCAUUGGCGACUGGCGCGAGGAGGUAAUCCUGACCAACUCGGACUACUCGCAGCUCGUCAUCUUCUCGACGGAUAUCCCGACGAGCACUAGGCUGUACACGCUGCCGCAUAACCCGGCGUACAGGAACUGUAUGACUCUCAAAGGCUACCAGCAGUCGAACCACGUUGAUUACUUUAUGGGUUCGGGGAUGAGUACACCGCCACAGCCCAACAUUUACUACGUUUGAAUCGAAUAGCUAAGCGCUGCUUCCAUUGAUCGUAGUGAACCAUAGUCCGAAUGACAAGUUCCGAGUGGUGUGCUGUGCCAAACUGUCAAUGCAAUGAUGUGACCUUUCUCAGCAAUGGUAUUGUAUCGGUAGGGCUAAGAUAAGCCCAUCCGCUGUAACUCAACCUUAAAUAUAACCUUACUUAGGAAUUAUAGUCAAAAGUCCAUUUUACAGGCAAUCAAUCUAUGCUUGAGUAUACUCCUAAGUGAGUAUGCAUCGAGAGCCAACGACGUGUGCAGGUAUUCAGCCAAACACCAUAAGUCCAAUGGUAAUCAACUUCUAUUCCAAAAGAUCAGGAUUAUGGGAGGGAAGGCAACGCCAUUGGCGGCGUCACCCAAGUUUUUACAGGCCACCAUCAAAACAGGGAACACUGACAGCCAAGAAUACGAUGAGAUCCUCGAUGUUGCAGACUCACCCUCGAGAUUUUAACUUCACGACUAAUUUAUGAAUAUCAUGUACAUCAUAAUGGCCGGACCACAUUUCUAAUCAUCUGACUCUUACACAGGCCUAAUGAGACACUAUCGAUUCAACAAUUGAGGCCGUCAAUUUCGAAGUCUUAGCUUUGAAGACGUUAUAUGAUCAUGUAUUUCAUCAUUAGCAUUUCUCCACGAUUGCCAAGAGGUCGCUCAUAAGACAGUUAAAUCCGGCCCCUCAUGGGCGUAGCGUCGAGCUGAGGUGACGAUACCCCUUGAUCACGACAUCACGGGUAAAUUCACUAUCACUGCGACAUCGGCCAAGGCGGAAACGUAAAGCGGUAUUUUUCUUAUCUUGUAGGGUGAAGAGUCGAUAUUUAGAAGCUCAUGACAAAACCGUAUGUGACCAAAGAUAAACCAAUAAGGUAUAUUGUUGUGCCAAGAAACACACCACAAAAAUGACCAGUAGCACGGCUUCAAGAUCUCAUGUUGGCUAUGGGUCUGUAGAUCCGUUACCUUUGGAUUUACUGCAAGGAAAGGUUGAUGGUGAGCGAAAAUAUGGCUAUACGAAAGAAGGCAAGAAGAAGCGCAUCCUCUUGAAUGCAUUUGAUAUGAACGGCGUUGGCCACAUAAGGUAUGGACAAUCCCUCACAUGAUGGCACCAAUCAAGCUAAUUAGUUUCUCUUCCUUAGUAUUGGACAAUGGCAGAACCCUGAGGACAAGAGCUCACAGAAGAACCGUCUUCCGUACUGGAUUGAAUUGGCAAAGCUCUUGGAGAAGGGUAAAUUCAAUGCUCUGUUUCUUGGUAAGCAGCUCAUCCGUUGCCUGCUAAGUACUCUAUCAUAGGUAUUGACAACCGCCAUUUAGCGGACAACUUUGGAUCGCAUGAUGUUUACAAGGGCAGCCACGCGCCAGCUAUCCAGUCAGGAACGCAAUGGCCCUUAUACGAUCCAUUCACAGUACGUUGACAUUUGUAGUGAUAUAGAUACACCGCAAUUGAUUGAACAUCCAGAAAUUUAACGUGUGUUAGGUAAUUUCAGCAAUGGCGGCAGUUACAAAGAGCCUUGCUUUUGGGAUUACGGCGUGUACAACCUUUGAGCCCCCUUUCAGCUUAGCAAAGCGCUUCUCUACUCUUGACCACCUCACAGAAGGGAGAGUUGCAUGGGUGAAUAUAGUCUGGCCUUACUUUCUUAACUACACGGUUACUAACAUCCGUUCGUCUUAGAACAUUGUUACGUCUUGGAGUGACAAUGCUGCCCGGGCGUUCGGCCUACCACAAUUGCCAGAACACGAUACACGUUACGAGAUUGCAGAGGAGUAUCUGAACUUGGCCUACAAGUACGUGACUCACACAAAGCCAUCUAAAACUUUGUGCAUGGAGAUCUUUUUCCCUUCGCUCAUUGUCUAGCUAACACAAGUCAAGACUAUGGGAAUCCUCCUGGGAAGAUGACGCCGUUGUCAAGGACCCCUCAACCCACACGUACACCCAGCCUACAAAGGUCCGAAAAGUCGUCCACAAAGGCAAGCAUUUCAAGUCCGAGUCAGCACACCAAGUCGACCCCAGCCCGCAGAGAACCCCCUUGCUCUUCCAGGCAGGCAUGUCCCCCGCCGGCUCCGCCUUUGCGUCCCGCCAUGCGGAAUGCGUCUUUGUCGGCGGCGCGAGCCCGGCUAUUGUCGCGCUGAACAUCCAGAGGACACGGGCCCAGGCUGCCGCCAACGGCCGCGACCCAUACGACAUCAAGUUCUUUGUUCAGCUCACGCCCGUGUUGGGCGCCACGGACGAGGAGGCGCAGGAGAAGUUUGAGCGCUACAGGCAGUAUGCGAUCGGUGACGGCGGCCUUUCCCUCUUUGGCGGGACGUCGGGCAUUGACAUUAGCAAGUUUCCGCCGGACGAGGAGUUUCCUACAGACCCGGAUCAUCCACUGCUACAAGGGUUCAUACCAGCUCAGCGAAACAGACUGCUUGCACGGCCUAGGGGGUAUGAUAAGUGGACUCCCCGCAUUCUGGCUGAGUACCAGUCAAUUGGUGGAAGUGCUACGUUCAAGAUUGGUAGCGGUGCCACAGUCGCGGAUGAAAUCGAGAGAUGGGUCACUGAGGCGGAUGUGGACGGUUUCAAUAUUGGACAUAUCGUUGUCCCAGGUGCUUGGGAGGAUGUUAUCAAGUAUCUUACUCCAGAACUUGAGCGUCGUGGAUGGCUUGGCACUGGCGAUUACAACGUCCCAGGCGGUACAGCACGUGAGAACCUGUACUCGACUCCAGGACAGCCGCAUUUGCGCCAAACGCAUCCUGGAUAUCAGUAUAAGACCGGUGGCAAGAAGUGGGAGGAAAGCUUCGCCAGUGGAGAUAACAGUUCUCGUGCAUAUGAGUAGGUAAGACAAUACUAUUCAAGGACAAAUAUUACUUCAAAAGUAUCAUAUAUUAUCUAUUAUAGACAUUACAUUAAGAUAUGUGAUCUGAUUGGAAUGUUUCCUAUGUACAUGCUGAAAUCUGGCUAUCAUUCCUGCCAAAGAUCAUCAAUGAUAUCUACAGAUAGAUGUAGCAGAAAGGAGCGUUGCCCAGAGUGUUGAGAGCAUCUGAGAUGGUAAGAUCAGGUGCGUUGACGCCCAUGUUCAAGAUGUCGGACUUCAAAGCAUCGCGGCUAGGAGGGGUGUUAAGAAUGGUGAUGGUGCCAGCAAUGUCCUUAGCAAUGCGAGGGUGGAGGGCCUGCCACAGCCAGUACAGGCGGUCAACCAUGGCGUGGUGCAGGAAGAAGAUGGGGUCGUUGGGAGAAGAGAAGAGGUCAGCGGAAUCACCGCCCAUGGUGAAGUGGCCAGCGGCGUGCAUGCCAAGGAACUGAUCACCGAAGCGGCCUUGGAGCUCGUUCUGGAAGGCAGUGAUGGAGCCCGAGGCGGCACCGAGGGUGACAUUGAACAGGUUACGGGCCGUGAACCACGUGUCGACGGGGUACUUGCUCAAGUCACGGCGGAGGCAUCGAGGGUUAUAACCCAGGGCACCGGUUGGACUAGCAGUCAUACCGUUCAUACCGGGGGACACGGGACCAAGGUUGGUGACCAUGCUGUUUCAGAGUUAGCUCUUGUUCUAUGA